CGCAGCAUACAGCGCGUUUCAUGUUCUUUUCCUUCUUUUCCUAGAACCUGUUUCAUGGUGCAGACCAGGACUCCAUCGUGCGCCCCCGCGGUUCCAGAUGGGUUGACCGAGUAAACGGCGCCGUGACCUAAUAGUUCUGUCCCGCUUUGGAAACUUCGGGUUGGUCCAAACUUCGCGGUUCAGCCCGGUAUGAUAGUUUCCAACGUGAGCCUGAUCUGUGCGCACUGUCCCGGGGGAGGAGUCGGUGGCACAGCAGAGACGACAACGGACGCGUACGAAGAGGUGUCCGGCUCUCUUCCUCCUCCAUCCCUGACCCCGACCGGGCACCUAGUGGUCGCGGUGUGCCUCGGCUUCAUCGGCACCUUCGGGUUCCUCAGCAACUUCCUCGUGCUCACGCUGUUUUGCCGGUACCGGGCUUUGCGCACGCCUAUGAACCUCCUGCUGGUGAGCAUCUCAGCCAGCGACCUGCUGGUCAGUGUGUUGGGCACCCCGUUCAGCUUCGCCGCCAGCACCCAGGGGCGGUGGCUCAUCGGACGCGCUGGGUGCGUUUGGUACGGGUUCAUCAACGCAUUUUUGGGCAUCGUGUCCCUGAUUUCCCUCGCUGUUUUGUCCUACGAGCGCUACUGCACCAUGAUGGCGCCCACCAUUGCCGAUGGCAGAGACUACCGUCCAGCGCUUGCGGGCAUUUGCUUCUCCUGGAUCUACUCUGUGGCCUGGACUGUUCCUCCGCUGCUGGGUUGGAGCAGAUACGGGCCUGAAGGUCCUGGUACCACCUGCUCCGUGGACUGGAAAACCAAGACGGCAAAUAAUAUCUCCUACAUCGUCUGCCUGUUCACAUUCUGCCUGGUCCUGCCGUUUAGUGUCAUCCUCUACUCCUACGGCAAGCUGCUGCACGCCAUCAGACAGGUCAGCAGUGUGAGUUCGGUGGUGCCACGUCGCAGAGAGCAACGGGUGCUGGUGAUGGUCGUCACCAUGGUGAUCUGCUAUCUGGUCUGCUGGCUGCCGUACGGGGUCGCGGCCCUGCUCGCCACCUUCGGCCCUCAUGACCUUAUUACUCCAGAAGCGAGCAUCACGCCCUCGCUGCUCGCCAAGUUCUCCACGGUCGUCAACCCUUUUAUCUACAUAUUCAUGAACAAACAGUUUUACAGGUGUUUCAGGGCAUUCCUCAGAUGCUCCUCUCCAGAGCACGGCUCCACCAUAAAGACACUGUCACGAGUGACCAGGACUUUACGCACCCUACGCCAGGAGAAGGACCACCGUGUAUCUGCUCCUGCCCUAUCCUUAUCAAUCCGCGACUCCACCAGGGAAGCAAGUCAAGGAGUUCCGUCUCCGUCAAACCCAGACUCCGGUGGUUUCCAUGGCGCUGCUGCCAACAGUCCCAAACCGAAAGUGAUCCUAGUGGCUCACUACAGGGAAUAAGAACAACCAAAUCACAGCAGCAUGUGCUGAGAAGGAACAUUUACAUAGAGGAGAAAAGCGUCAGAGUGCAAGUCUCUAAUUGAUACACAAAUCCUCUUAUUAACAGAAAAGACUGAGUGCAAAGUGAGCUCAGUGGGAGUCUUAAAUACGAACUGGGUUGCUCUGAUCCCAGGGGAAGUUGUUAUUGCUCUCCACAGACUGCAAACACACAAAAUCCCAGAUUCACCCUUAUUACCACAGGCUACAAGCAAGAGGCCAGCGUAAGACGAAGGCUGAACUUGUAACAGUGUUUCAUGUUCAGGCGAUUGCUUUCCUUUCACAGCCAUCAUACAUGGAAGCACAAAUGUUGCAUUAAAGCUCACUUACCUCUGGGGACGCUUGCACUGACUUGUGGAGUUAUGCCUUCAUGCAACACCAGGUCAAAUAAUUACAUUAAAUGCAUUUGAGCCUCUGAAUGCAGGUCAGAGGGUCAGAACACACAGGCCCUCAUUUAUCAAUCUACGUCAUUUUACGACAGUGUUUACGUAUGAUUCAUCAACAGUCGUAUCACACAAGUUACAGUGUCUGAAUGAUCUGGUGUUGAUAAAUGCAGCGGCUGAAAACAUUCUUCCUUUAAAUGCUACACCCCUUAUUUAUUCUGCUCCUGGCCUUUGAGUUUACGACAUGGUGACAAAGAACAUGACCAAGAAACGAUAUUCUCUGACCUUGAAACACUAAAUAUCAUGUCUAGAUGGAUUAAUUAUAAAUCACUGCUGUAGCCAAAAGCCUUUGCAUCAACAAACAAAUAUUUAAUUAAUUUAUCUAUGAAAUAAAGUCUAUUUUGUAUUUAAUAGUAGGACCGAUUUUAGAGCUUAUAUCGCAGUUCUUUAUAUA